CACAGAGAGGACGGGGAUCCCUUCCGGCCGGCCCUCCCCCGCCGUCACCCGUCCCUUGGGCGGCUCGCUUGUGCAUCUCCGAACUGUGUCGCUUGCUCGAACGCUCACUUCAUGGCGGAUCGAACGGCGUUGGAUUGAGGCAGCAGCUGCGGCAGCGCUGGUGGUGAGGAAUGGCGGCUGGGUCGCUGCUGCGGCUAGUCGUGGCUGCGGCUUUUGCUGUGGCCCUUGCUGUAGCCAGUGGGGAGGUACGGCGGCAAUGGGGUGUACCAGACACGAGCGUGGUUGUAGGGCGUCUCUUCAACUACUCAAUUCCGGCAGAUGCUUUCCAAGGACAUGUCUCCAAACUCCAGGUGGUGGAGGCGGGUGAGGAGCAGCUGCCAUCCUGGCUUUCACUGGUGCACGACGAGGACAGCGGUGCACUGCCGCGAUUGGUGGGUGUGCCCCUGCACGCUGAUGUGGGCCCCCAUUAUCUGGCUGUCAAGGCCAUUGGAGGCACCGACGGUGAAUCACAAGCCCAGGACGUUUUCUCGGUCGAAGUGCUUGAUGAAGAACGAGUCGCAACGCGAGGUCCCUGCGGGCCAGGAGACCCCGUGGCUGUGGCAGUACUCACAGUCGAUGCCGAUGCCAGCCAUGCAGCUCCGCUGGCACGAGCUCAGCUGCUGUCUGGCUUGGCUCGAUUUCUUGGCUUUCCUACCAACGAAGUAACCCUCUCCCCGAUGGCUCCCGGCGAGCCAGCUUACGAUGAAGCAGCUCUUCUGGCCGGAGCCGGUGACAGCCGAUUACGCCACACGCAGGGUCUUAGACUACGGUGGCGCGUGGGUUGCAGUAGCGACGUUGAAGCAGCCCAUGCAGCUGCACUGGCCCGACUGGAGACUGCAGCGAGAGACGGGACGCUGUCAAGAAUCCUUGGACACCCAGUUGUCGGCUGGCAUGUGUCAAGCGUGCAGGCACGACAGACGCGGGCCCACAGCAAUCACGUUGCGGGCACUCCAGUUCUGCCGGCAGUGCUUCCCACCUUGGUCAGCAGCAGCAGCAUGGAAGUGAGCGAACAGCCCAUGGCCACGCCUGAAACGCGCAUUGUGCCUACAAUGGCAUCGCCCGUGAUGAACGGACCUUCUUCCCAUGCCCACCGGCACCACCACGGUGACCAUGCUAGGCAUGGGGUCAUUGCCCCAUCGCCCACGCUCUCCGUGGUGGCCCUGCCCACAGCACUGCCCCCAGGACACACUCCACCACUGCCACCAAUUCGGCCAACGCGCACCGUCACUGGCUGGGAGGCAAGUGGUGUGCUGGAGGCAACGCCAACCUUUGGGCCCGGCAUUGUGGAGCCCACGAGCCGGCUGCCUGAGCCAUCGGCGAGCCCGCCAAUUCAGCCGUCCGUGACCAGAAAGCCCGGCAACUCACGGCCCACGUUGAACAAGCGUCUCCAGAAGCUGGUUGUGACAGCGGGCAAGGUGUGGAGCUACGAGAUCCCAGAAGAUGCCUUCCACGAUGCGGAGGAUGGGGACACACGCAACUUGAAGCUCAUGUUUGUUACCUCGGCAGGUACAGCCAUUGAACCCCGCUCAUGGAUCCAGUUUGACCCUGAGAAGCAGAUGCUGUCAGCUUUGCCACUAGAUGACAACAUUGGCAAGUACUACUUCCGCCUGGAAGCCAUGGAUGCUGAAGGAGACACUGUGCACGACCUAGUUGAGAUCAAUGUGUGGCAGCACACCAGUGCACGAGCAGUCCAUCACAAGUUCAAUGCCACUCUUAAACCCAAGCGGUGGGAGUAUGUCAACAGCCUGGACUGGCAGAUUGCUGCCGUGCGUAGGCUCGCAAAGUUCUUUGGGGACCCUGAUGAAUCACAGAUUACCGUGCAGGCAGCAACUAGCGAUCCUUUCACACUUGCAUGGACCAAUGAUUCGCUGCCAAAGCACCCUUGCCCACGAGAACAGCUGGAAGCACUGUAUGAUCGGAUGGUUGACAGUUCUGGAGGACCAACGCCAGCAUUCAAGAAAGCUCUAGGCAACCUCAAACUCCAGUCUGUGCAUGUAGAAUACUCUGGUGUCUGCCAGGCACCAGCGUCGGCUGCACCUCCUCUAAACAAUCAAGUGCCCACUAAACGCAACCCUAUUGGCCAGAUCAAUGCCACUGUAGGAGAAAUCCUGCGUUUCAUCAUUCCUGAUGACACUUUUUAUGACUACGAAGACGGAACCACUCGGUAUUUGGCGCUGAGUUUCCUUUCUGCUGAUGGUCUCCAACUGCCCCAGUCUUCAUGGAUACAGUUCAACCCACGGACGCAGGAACUGUAUGGCUUGCCUUUGGAUGUGGACAUUCCCAGGCACGAGUUCCAAAUGGUUGCCCAAGACAGUGGCGGUUCAACAGUCACGGAUGUCUUUGUUGUUCUGGUGCAGCCCCGUGCGCAAAUGAAGUGGGCUGUUGAGUUCAGCCUGCACUUAAAAGAGGACUUCGAAGCAUUCAGUCGCAACAUCAGCCGCAAGGUCUUAGUUGCCUGGAAGUUGGCGCAGCUGUAUGGCGAUCCUGACCCCAGGUUCAUCACAGUCAACACCAUUAGUCAAGGCUCAGUUGUGUAUGCCUGGACCAAUAACACACUUCGUUAUGAACCAUGCCCAACAGAAACUAUCCUUCAGCUCAUGCGACGUCUGGUACAUGACAACCAGACGUUAACACAGCGGCUCAUAGAAGAAAUGCGUCCAGAGUUCCAUGUUCUCAAGGCAGACACCAUGCCUCUGGGACUGUGCAUGGACAAAGGCCUUCCACCCACCAUCGGCGUGGGAGCGGGAACAGCCGCAGCACCCACAGCACCACCUCCUGGGGAAACGAUUCCACCAGCUGAUGACGAUGAUGUGUACAUAACCACCAUCAUUCCGGCAGCUGUGAUUGCAGCAAUGCUUCUGCUGGCUGCACUUAUCGCCUGCCUACUGUACCGCAAGAAGCGCAAAGGGAAGCUUAGCAUGCAAGACAGCAGUACAUUCAUCAACAAAGGCAUCCCUAUCAUAUUUGCUGAUGAACUGGAAGACAAGCCAGAUCCGGCCAAGCCACCGGUAAUAAUGAAAGAAGAGCGACCUCCUCUUCCACCGCCUGAGUACCCACGUGGGGCCACUCCACAGACGGGACGCCGUGCCAUCACUCCUCGAGGAGUUGAUGUUGCAGACAGUGCUGCACCUUACCAGCAUCCAACGCCACCAUUCGCAUCGGGUCGCGCUGACCGUCGGCCCAAGGCUGCACCGACCUACCGGCAGCCGCCACCGUAUGUCCCACCUUAGUACUAGACUAUCUUUUUCUCACGGUGUGACUGAGCCUGUACUCCUGUCCAGCUUAGGUCAGACUGAGGCAGAAGUGUGAGAGGUGGCCAUCAGUUUGAUGCAUGGGAGCUCCCUGCGUGCGCGCAUUUGCAAGGCAAGCGAAGCCAAUCAGAUACAAUAGAAGUUAUUGCUUGUCUUUCUUGCUGUAAAGUAAAAGAUUGCAAGAAUGGCAUAGACAGAAGGCAAACAAAUGCAAAUAUUCUCAGUAUCGAAUGAAGGCUGUCCCAAGGGCGUGAACUUGUACUUGGUGGUCAAUACUGUCAAAGAUGAGCUGAGAUGGGAGCAUAGCUGGUUGCAAAGGCCCAGCACAGAUGAGACUGCCAUUUCACCAUGAAGACCAUGCAGACGCAUGGUCGCAGAGAAUGUGAAACUCAGCUGAAGGUUAAGGAAAUGUGGUUGUCUUCAUUGCCAUCAAAAUAAUGUAAAAGUGCUGAAAGUUGACAGCACAGGCAGCUUAAGAAGUAACAUAUCUGAAGUGUUUAUGUGCAAGUUGUUUGUUGUGGUUGUCUUCUCAACGGCUGCUAUAGUCCUAGCUAAGCUGAAACAGGAGCACAGCUGGCCGUGAAAGUGUGUCCUCCGCUGGCGCUUUACAGGGAAUCGCAAGAGUGAGGAGAUAGAAACAAAAAUACACUGGCCGGGCUCUGUCCCUGGCGACUCUGGCCCUGUUGUCCCAUUCUCCCGUGUGGUGUUCCGGCUCCCCAAUUUUUGUUUUGCCCUGCAAGGUGUGUUGUUCAUACCCGUGGCCGUCAACCAGGUCGUGCCAGUGAGCGGCAUCUCGCGGAGCCUUCAAGUGCAUUCUCCUGUCGCUGUUCUUCUCCCUCUGCGCCUCUUCUUUGAAAAGCAAAGAUGACUUCUGCAGGCAAAAAUAGACUUUUGUCACCUGAACAAGGACAUGCAACAGGUGUUCAAUUCAUAUUUUCUCUCUGUCUCUGUGUGCAUCAUGCUUCAGCAAGACGAUGAGUGAGCUCUGGGCACUGAAGCGCUCAGUGUCGUUGGCAGGCUCCCUCGCAUAAGGACUUUUGAUUACAUUUGUUCUUGGAGAGUGGCGUAGGCAUUUCUUGUAUUUGUUGCUUUCUUGUGUAAACCUUUUUUAUUUUAGGAAGGCACACAUUUGAGUCAGAAGGCCAACUCGUGUCUCUAUAGGAGAGGAAAUGAUGAAUUGAUUUCUUCAGUCCAACUGCAAACGCCGUGCACUCUGCAGCAGAUUUGUAUUUGACCCUUUUCGCAAGUUGCAAGUAAGCUUCAUGGCAUUGCACAUUUGCCCAAGCAGUGGCGGCACCAGUCACAGUUCAAUUGACGCAGGGUUUUAUCAUGAGAGCCAUGUUUGCAUUUUUCAUGUCAUAAGACAAGUGAGCUGCUCGUUUGUGGUGUUUGCAAAGAUGACUAUGCCACCAUUAGCUUGGCAGACUGCCUCGCUGGAAAGCUAGCUUUACUCUUAUGAAGAGGGUCCAUUUGUCUCUGGUUUUGCUCAUCUUUUUGUGACGCUUGAAUGACAUGGCAGCCUCGUGGAAUCUUUGCACAAGUUUUUAUUGUGCUUCAUGCAUUGUGUGGACCAGGUGCUGAUGCAUCAGGGAGUCUAGUUGUGUUCAUCGUUAAUAUAUAUACUAUAUAUAUUAUGUAUACAUAUAUGUUUGUCCUCAAUUUGUACAUGGGCAGGGCCCUUCGUGCUUUUUUUUUGUGUCGGUAUACCUGUGUGGUGCAACAUAAGCCUACACAUUAACCAGCUUUUUACGAGCGCCUGGAAGCACUUUUGCUCACUAACAACCAAUGUCUAGCAAGUCUGGAACCACUGUUACAUCGUCGCGUUCACCACUGUAACAUACUAUUUGGUGACUUUUAAAUGUGUACUGUUCAAAUUGUUGUAUCGCAUGCCACGCAAUGCCAGUCACGGAGUGGGGCUCACAGAGGGUGCUGCUCCUCAUUGCUGCCACGUAUACUCGCAGGGAACCUUCAGCAAUUGCUGAUGUAUGGCAUUUUACGAGACCCCCCUUGAUGGCAGAUUGCGCUGUCAAAUGGCUGUGACACAACACUCUGUUAAUGACUUCAUGCCUUAGCACAGAGUAUCCUAACCUCAGUGAUCAUUAGCCGUAACAUUUUUUAAGCUCGCCUACAGUGGUUAUAUCUUUUUAAUUUUGUGGAACCGUUGUACAAGUUAAAAUCCGGUUUUAAGUGCUUUUAUCCAGGAAUGUUCACAGCUGCCACAUGUUAAGUGGACCUGCCGUAAUGGUAGAGCAGCUAAGUCAUUCCGUUAUUAACACCGACGUUGCACGCUUCAUUCCUGGCCUCUGUGCCUGCGACAGUUCAUCGGCGUGAAAAAAAAAUGGGAAGGUGCCAGUGUGAGCAAACGUGGCCCCCGGUGACGAACUCUGGGACUGCUAAGUUACUUCAAGCAGUGUCCCUGAUGCUCCUUGUUACUGAUUGAGGUGCAUGAAUUGCAAACUGCAAAGGGCUUACACAUAUUGCAGAACUUAAGCAUUUGGCUGCAAGCCUCUUCAGGCUGCGCAUGAGCUUUAUGUUGCAUCGAGCUGCACUGAAUGUACAGAAAGCCUAGGCCUUUUUCUAGAUUGGUCCAUUGCAGGGAUAUUCUCACUUUUGCAAGAUGUAAUGUCUGAUGUGAUGCCUCACUCAAGUGGUGGGUCUUCUGCCCACUGUUGUGCUUGGUGGUAUUUUUUUUGCGAUGGAGAGGUAGCCAGCGCCACCACUGUUGGCUGCUCCGAUCCAGUUUCUGCUACAUGCAGCAUGGUUGGCUAUCACUCAAUUGCGAAGGGAUGAUGAUGAUGACACCCAACACGGCACCCACUUGUUUAGCCACUCAGUGCAACGCUCAAAGUGAUGUCCCUAAACAUGAUCAAUUCAGAAUACAACCCCAGUGCUGUUCAUUACCACCUAAGUGCAUGACUGUGUGAGUGCUCUCUGCUCCCGAUGCCGUAAGUAACCAUUGGCUGUGGGGCCACUGGUACAGCGAAAAAAAAAAUGAAGUGCAAGUUUGUCACUGUCAGAUUUGGCUUGUAGCAGAAGGACAUUGUCGCUUGCCUGCAUUUUGCUGUUCUUUAUUUGUAUGCGUCUUGAAGCCUAGGCAGUGCUUUUUUUAUAUGGUUUGGUUGCUAGUGCAUUGGGUUUAGGUUGUGUUCUCCGGUGGGCUGGUUGUUUUAUUUACGUAUGUGUGGAUGGAUGAAGUGUACGGGAACGCAUGGGAAUGCCUGCUAUCAGAAAGCCUGGCAGUACAGAAUUGCCAAAGAACAAGCACUGCCUCCUGAUGUGCACUGAAUUAUUUGUCUUUACUUUGUUGUGCAACAUGUGACUGCCCGUGCUUUGGCAUGCUGGCAGCAGGAGCUGUGUGUUGCAUGGGCGGCUUACAAUCAUCCUAAGUCAGUAUAAUGUAACUCAUAGAGUUUCACGUCAAUAAAUGUGUUGACUUUUGAAA